AUGAGUGAAACUGCAGAAAAGGAAUUUUACCCCGAGGUACGCGGCGUUAGUAACGAGAUCACGCAGCUUAGGGACGUUAGCAGCAAUACCAAUCAACGGCAAUCGAGUGCUAUUUAUGGAUUUAUCCAAAGCGGUGCCACACUAGUCAGGAAAAGUGAUUCAAUCCUGUCAUUGAACCGAAACGAAACUAAGGAGUCAUCAAGUGUAAGAAGCAGUAGCCCUGAUCCAAAUGGAGGCGAUGAUGAUGCAGAAAAGUGCAAAAGUGCAUCUUCUGAGCCCACAACGGUGGCGACACCAUCGGUACUUUAUGAGCCUGUUCUACUAUCUGAAUUAGCUGAUACAAAACAUACUCAAUUAGUCGCAAACUCACUGAUCAAGUUCAAAUCCAGUUGUAGUGGAGCUGUGAAUGGCUCUAUGAGUCUCUGCCCUAUUAGAAUAAAGCAGUUAAAUGACCUAGCCACUUCAUGUUCACCGACUUCACCUCAGGCGUUAGUGCGACAAGAGAUUGAACAUUCAUGUCUCCCUCAUCCCGAUAUCGAAAUAUUAAUGAAGCGAGAGGAUCUGCAUUCUAAAGGCAUCUCUAGCGGUAUUACAAUCCCUACAGACGUGGCCCCGUUGGUUUUCUCAAAAUUGUCGUCACUUUUCUCACGCCAAGAGUGCAUAUUUGAGAGCAUUGCCAUGCUAGAAAUGACUUUAAAUCUCAACAAAACAGAGCAUUCUCAACCUGAUCAGAGUUGUGAGAAGUAUGAUGGAGCUCGUAGUAGUUUAGUUAGGAGUGAUAGUGGGAUCCCAUCGGUGGUCAAUGAACAUGGGAUAUACAUUGAAACUAAAAUCACUCAAACAUUAAAUGAUGAGAUGCCUUGUACUUUAGCUUCAACGGCACUGCAGGUGGUUGAGCGGCAUGAUAUGACCCCAGAUGCAGAAUAUCGAGUUUUCACUAGCUCUUUGGAAUCCAGUGCUUCGAAUCAAAAUAAUGAUACAGAUCAGGAUAAAGAUGCACAGGGAUUUGAAAGCGACAUGGAUGAUGCAUUUGCAAUGACAAUCCCUCCCACAGAGGUGAUUUCGACUCGUUCUCUUCACCAGCGUGGGUCCUCGAGGCGCGCACUGCAAUCGUGUCUAACACGGGUGAUGCCUCCGGUAUUAUCACGGUGCCCUAUUUCAACGGAGAUGCCGAUCUCUUCUGGUGCCUUCUCGUAUCCCAGUUCUUAUUUAUUCCGCGCUAAUCGCUCUGGAAUACUGGGCCUGUCAGGAACACGGCGAACACACAGCGCACCAUCUCGCCUUUCGUCAUCCUCUAGAAAAGAAAGUCAUGAUCUCUGUGAAGAUAAAGAUACUUCGAUUGGUUGUAGUGGCAAAAUCAAAAUACCAACCAUUGAUUGUAAACGGGUUUGGUACAACCACCUCAAGUCCAUGCUUCGUGGCUCUUCAGAAGGUACCAUGAUGGAGUUACGUGAUAUGCCAUCUACCAGCUUUAUUGUCUCAGAGGCCCAACCCUAUGGCUUUUUCCACAAUGAUGAUAGCAAUGGAGCUCUCAGUGGUACUAGCAUUGUGGUUUCCUCACCAUCGCGUCCACCUUCAACGGAACGGGUGUCUUGUGUGACUUCGAGCAUCUUUUCUUUCCCGCCAUCCGCUCGGGGCUUACUGAGGAGCACGUCUACCAUCGUCAGUGCGACCGUUACACCACGCUCGCAUUCAAAUUCGCAAUCGCUACGUCUUCCAUCGUUGGCACAUCUCUCACCGAGGUUCUCGCCUAGGCUAUGUGUUAGCGAAAUAGAAAAGCAGAAAGGUUUGUAUCGAUUGUUUCCUCCACCACCACACGAGACCACCUCGCCUUCCCCACCCUCACCUGGAGUGGCGCUGAAAUCUCUUUCUCCUGAAGCUGUUAUAUCCACCCCUGACAAUACGCAAAAUACUAAUUUUAUUUCUCCAAUGUCCGCUGUUAUUCCUGUGCUUUCUACAUCAGAUGACACUUGCAUCUAUCCGAAUUCUUCAAGCGCAUUUUGUUUCUCGCUUGAUCCCCUACCUGCGGAGGCUCCGGAGCCCGGUCGCAACACUUCACCGCUUCCACAUGUGAAUACAGAGAAUUUGGAUUGUAAUUCAUACCCUAGUGACAGUUGUAGCGGUGAUAUGGAUCGCUACUAUGCUCCUUGUCAUGAGGAGAAGAGGGAGAAUCCGAUUGAUGCGUCUACACAAUCUUUCACCGCAUUAGGCUCCGUGCGUACGAAACCAGAGAAUGCAUGUGGGGAACAUAUGCCACCGUUAGACCGAUCCGAGAUCUCCUUGUCGUCCACUUUCAAGGUGGAGGAGGGGGACGCAGGAGGUUCUGCUACUGUCUCUUACAUUGAAGCUUAUUCAGAGGGUGUGUUGGGCUGCGUUAUUCGAAGCAAUAGGCAAGACGAAAAGUUGCAUGAGCUUCCAGAAGCAGUUUCUCAUACGGCUGUAUUUCCUCCUCCUAAAUCAGUAGUCGCACAAGGUAUACCGCCUGUACCAGUGAUGCGUCGUCCACCGAUAGUCCCAAGGAUGAGUUUGUUUCCCGGAUCAAAAGGUUUCGCAUCUAGUGAGAGCAUGAGGGCGGAGGGUGCCACGGCGGCCACUACUGUUAGGUUAGACGGUCCGGGAGUGGUGGAAGAGAAUGAGGCUGAAACCUCUUAUCCAUCUCAAACCAUCAAGCAAACAAAGCUUUCCGGCUGGAGUGACUACGAGCUGUUACACCAGCUGGAGCAUCUUCCACCGGCAUGGAGGGAUCUGAGUCCAUUCCCCGAUACGGAACACGAUGUGGAAGUGCAUGCGCAUUGCCUUUCGCAGGAUUCCACGUGCACGGAGGCGGUUGAAACAUCUGAAGGACUCUUAGCUUGGCUCAAAGAGGGGGGGACCGGCAGCGAUGAGCCGGACAAUCUUAGAACGUGCUGCAACGGCGAAGUCUUUUUCACCGGUGAGGACGCGAUGGGGUGGGGUAUGCCAGGAAACGCCGACACACCCAAGGGCUGCGCGAACAAUAGCGCUACUACGCAUCAGCAGGGGUUACCCCGUGGGGAUCGAAUCUCCCCGGAAGGGCCACCAACACGUCUCUGUGAAGCAAACCCUAUAGCUUCUUUGCCCGCGUUAUUUUCACCCACUUUGUUGAUCUCGACCCUCUCAUCCCGGAUGGAUUUGUUGUCGGGGUUGCAGAAGGACUGCCCAACCGAAUUCGAGGGAGUGCCCCGUUCCUUGUUGAAUGGACAAGACCUGCCGGAUUGUCUCGGAGGUGGCGUUCAACCCUUGGACCUUUCUCGCAGAAGGGGGACUCUCAAAAAUUCUGAUGGAAUAUUCGACUUUCCGCAUGUCGGCGAGGAGCCAUCACAGGAAACAUUCAAGGACUCGACACCUCAAACGGCGCUGGGGGAUGUGGAGCCUCAAGUCGGUGGAGGCUCCGUUGAUUCUCCGAUCUCGGUAGCCGCUAGUACACGGGAUGAGUCCGAUAAUGAUAACCCUGGGGUGAGUAGUCUCGAGUGGAACGUCUCUGACCGUUUGGCGGAACUCGAGCGCUUCCGGGCAUAUAACCAAGAGGCCAUGCUUUUGGUCAGGGACGGCAAGUAUAGUCUUAAAUCUAGUAUGAGGGGAUAUACGAGAACGUUAAGUGGAAUUUCAUCUGUGGAAUCCAUAGAGGGGGAUAGGAGUGAUGGUUCGUCCCCGGAGUCACAAAUAUCUCUCUUUAGAAGAGAAGGGUCUUCGUUACGGUCUACCCUUCGCCGCAGGCUUCGUGAGCAGCAGAAACUCCAGUAG